AUGAAAUUUUCUGAUGAUGUAUCAAAUCUGAAAUCUCAGUGGAAAUUAGUUUGUCAAUGCAAGAUUAUACCAUUGGGGGAAGGUUUUUUCACAAUCAAACUUGAUAAUGAGAGAGAUCAAAAUUACACCAAAGCUGGAAAUUGGGAGGUUUACAAUCAAACUUUAUGGAUUCGUAAUUGGAUACCAGAUUUUCGUCCAGAAUUACAUCGAACAUCUUCUGCAAUGGUUUGGGUACAUUAUCUUGGUCUGAGUUUGGAAUAUUGGGAUGAACAGACACUUUUUGCCAUCAGCAAAGCAUUGGGAAAUCCAGUAAAAGUAUAUGAAGCUACAUUGAAUUUUGAAAAUGGAUUAUAUGCAAGAUUGCCAAAAUUUUGUCAUCACUGCAAAAUUGUUGGUCAUUUACAAGCUGAAUGCAGAGUGGAGAUAUCAGCUGAAGUAGAAGCAAGUAAUAACCAAGAAAAUCAAAGGGAUGCAACAAAGAAUUUCAAACCAAUUUCCCCUGAGCAGACUGCUGACAAAGGAAAAAAUACUUCAUCUACUUUAAAUGUUGCUACAACUCCACUAAUAGCAGCUCAGAAGGAACAAGUAGAUUUUGAAACUCUUAAUAUUGUGAUUGAGGAGGAAAUAGAUAUACAAAUGAGUGAAGGAAAUGAAACUCUUACUCCAGCAAAGAUACUACAAAUUGCUGAAGACAAUGCAAUGGAGAAAAGUGUCAUCAAUUUUAUCAAUGACAAAAAUGGUUCAGUGUCAGAGGAAAGAGUUCCAACAACUCUUGGUCUAAGGGAUGUAGAAUAUGGUGAUUCAUAA